AUGGAGAAAGAGAACAGUGCAAAUGGAACGGAGGCCCUGGGGGCGGGCCACGACUCUGCUGCCUACAGCCCCUUCAAGGCUUCUGAGGAUGGAUGCUGCCCCUUCGACGUAUUUACCCCCGAGACACUAACAAGCAGGCUCAAGGAGCAUGAGGACUGCACAGAAGAGAUCAUCAAGCUCAUCAGGUCCAUCCAUGUAAGCCAGAGCAAGAUGAAAAAACUGUGCAAGGUUUUCAACUCCGUGUCCAACUACAGCACUGGCUCAAUAGUAGAGCUCACAAGGAGUGGAAAUAGAAUGUUGAGGUAUGUCUCGACAUAUCUUAUGCUCGACAAAAUAAAGCAGUGGGUUAUGGAAGGAAGGGGAUUUGAGGUUGUGGAGACCAUGUAUGAUGAGGUCUUUCUUGUUAGAUUCCGGGACGUGGACUUCAACAUAAGGAGCAUCUGUGUAGAAUUUAUGUGUGAGUGGGUUGUUUCUGCGCCUGAGAUAUUCAACUUUCCCUGCUAUUUGAAGUAUAUUGGAUGGUCUCUUAGUGACAAAAAUGACAAUGUUAGGAGAAAAGGCAUUGGGUCUUGCAUCAAGCUUGUGCGGAGGAAGGUUGAUAUCCAAGCAUUUGUGUCCCGCUUCAAGAGCAGAAUGCUUGAGCUGUCGUUGUACGACAGAAACCUUGGGCUGAGGGGGGAUGGAAAGGCGCUGUGCAUGAGCCUGUAUGCCAAUGGAAUGCUUUCUAAAGACGACGUGUAUAAAGUGUUGGGAUCGAUAGACGAAAGGGACAAGAGGUUGAUGGUAGAAAGCGUCAUCAGGAAGAUACUUGCAAGAGAAGGGCAGAACGACAAGUGCCUGUUGGAUAAUCACGAGGGCUUGCACGAGCUUCUUUCGAACACGUCUUUGUCUCUGUGCACCUAUAUUCCCCACAGCGAUGAAGAUGUCGAAGGAUUCAUAGACUUCAUACUAGACUUCUUGAAGACAAAAAGCUCUUGUUGCCAAUCUAGAGUGCUGUGCUACUUAAGGAUUCUCGGGGUUCUUUCUAUUGGCGUGGUUGACCUCAGGAAGUAUCACAGUAUCCUUGAAACGGUCAAAGACAGUAAGGAAAACAUAGCAGAGGCCAUGGCAUCGAUUUCAAGACUUAGCCCCGAGGUGUUUAAGAGGCAGCCCGAUGUUACUUGCAGGCUUUUUGAAGUGAUGAAGGAGCUUGCGGGACAUCACAGGUGCGAGCAGAUGUUUUCCAUCCUUGUAUGCCUUCUGAAGAAGCUUGAAAGCGACUUUCCGGCCUCUGUCUAUCCGAUUGUUGAGUCUUUCAGAUCUUCCAGCAUAGAGUUUAUCCGAUGCAUGAUCAAGUCGUUUGAUAUAUCUGAGGAUGUUAGGAAGGAGCACUCAACGGAGAUCAAGUGCUAUGCUGCACUAUGGAGGAUAAUUGCAAACGAUUAUGAGAAGGUCAACGAAUAUGAGCUUAAGGAUGUUGCUAAUCCCGAGGUUCUUUGCGACUUCUUGAUUUUCUUCAAGGAGAAGUGUGUAGAGUUCGGGGUAGUUGGGCGAGAGGUCGAAAGAGCUUCUGAACAGGGAGAAUGCUUCAAGGUGAUGUACGACAAACUGUCCAUCCUUAUGAACUCUGAGGCUGAGAGUGUCUUUAUUGAUUCAAAGUCGUGUAUUUCUCUUUUCAAGCUUGUUGACGAGGGCCUUCUUGUCGACCACACCCACAUUAUAUUCAGAAGGUGUGAGGAGAGGCUAAUCUCCGAGUUUCUGAACAAAAGCAAGUCGAAAAUGAAUCUGGUCUCUGGAUACUUCAAGUAUCUUAUGGAUGUGGAAGAAAGGAGCAUAGACAAGAGGAUUGGAAGGCUGAUAGGCUCGAGGUGCAGUAUGGCGAAAAGAGGAGUCGACACGGAAAAGAUUGUUUUCAAGGGCAUGAAGGGAAUUAUUGAGCAAAAGAGGGUGUUUCUGUAUGAUGCCGUUCUCGUGUACUUUGUUUCCUCACUAACAACGAACGAGUGCAUAAUCCUAGAGCAGGGAUUGGAGAAGUCGAAGCUCAAAACAUCUCUGCUUAGAAGGAUCAGGGAUGGCUAG